AUGCCCCAUCGCAAAGAAGGCAUUGUGCUUGCUGUCUCUAACAUAUUCUCACACCCGCAACUGGCAGACUUGGCGGCGACUGCCGUUCUCUUGUCUUCGGAAGAGCUUUCCGCGCCUCCUGAGCCGGAGGUGGCUCCUUUCGAGCUCAUUCCAGAACACAAGAAGCGUCAAAUAAUGGAUCUGGCCGCAUCCGAGUGUGGAGUCUUUCCAGACUCUAUCGAAGACGUCUAUCCGUGUAGUCGACUUCAGGAAGGACUUAUCGCGCUCUCAGCGACGGAACCUGGCUCCUACGUGGCUCAGACAAUCUACCGGUUGCCAAUCGACAUCGAUGUACAACGCUUCCAGUCUUCUUGGAACAAGGUUGUUGCGGAAGAGGCCAUACUGCGCACACGCAUCAUCUAUGUAGAGGACCAAGGCUUCGUACAGGUAGUGUUGCGCGACGGUGUGGAGUGGUCACAACUGAACAGUUUGGAAGACAUUAGCAGCGCCCACCGUCAUCUCCCAGCCAAGUCUGGAGGUCCAUUGGCUUCAUAUACCAUUGUCGGACAAGACACAUCCUCUGUGUUCUUCGUUUGGACUGCGCAUCAUGCAAUCUAUGACGGUUGGAGCUUGACGAAUCUCCUCGGCAAAGUUGAAAGCUAUUAUCAGCACACCACCCAAGCAUCGCACGCCCCGGUCCCUUAUUCGAGGUUCAUCAAGUAUCUUACGUCACUGGACGCGAAGCAGUCAGAUGACUUCUGGCUUUCGAUGUUCGAAGACAUCGUUGCCCCUCAGUUUCCACAACUACCGAGCCCCGAGUACAAGGUCGAAGCCUCUGGCCAACUCCAUCACCAUGUACCCGUCACUCGCAGAAGCGGAACAGAUAUCACCAUGCCUUCUAUGAUACGGGCUGCUUGGGCUUUGAUGCUAGGAGCAUACUCUGGCUCAGAUGACGUGUUAUGGGGAGAGACAAACAGUGGACGCGAAGUCCCUGUCCCCGGCAUCGAAGACAUUAUCGGCGCUACCAUUACGACAUCUCCUAUGCGCCUGAAAUUAAAUCGUCAGGUUACCGUUGGAGACUAUCUCCGAGAGGUGCAACGCCAAACCUCCGCUGCGAUUCCGCACCAGUUUGCUGGACUGCAGCAUAUCCGCAAGCUUAGUUCGGACACAGCCGCUGCAUGCGAAUUCCAGAGUUUGUUGGUCAUCGCAAGUGGGGAUGGCUUGAAAGAUCCUGAAGGUGGACUGUGGGAUUUGCAAAGCACGGGCGCAGUUGGGACCAACUUCUUCAACUACGGUCUCAUCUUCAACUGCUCUGUCGACAAUACUGGCAUUGAAGUUGAAGCUCAUUAUGACGGCCAGGUUAUACAGCCAUGGCUCGUUCAACGCCUGCUUGAGCAGUUUGGUUUCUUCAUCAACCAUCUCAACAAAGAAGAAUCUCUCCAAGGCGUACUUGGUGAUAUGAACAUGCUGAAUUCCGCGGACGAAGACGUGAUCUCGUCGUGGAAUAGUCGGCCGGUCAACGUUGUGGAUAGAUGCAUUCACGACAGCGUCUCCCAGAGCCAAGUCAUCCUUCGCCCUACAUCGAUCGCGAUCGACUCGUGGGACAUCGGUGAGAUGUCAUACAAAGAAUUUGAUCAGCGCACCACAUGGCUCGCUUCGCGGCUCAUCUCCCUUGGUGUUGCACCGCAUAGCUACGUACCGAUAUGCUUCGACAAGUCAGGUUGGACCAUCGUGGCUAUGUUCGCUAUUAUGAAGUGCGGUGCGGCUUUUGUGCCGCUCGACUUCGAAGCGCCACUUCUUCGACUUCGUGAGAUUGUCGAUGACGUGAAGGCCAAGCUCAUACUCUGUGGCUCGCAACAUGAAGCUUUGUGCAGAUCUAUACCUUGCAAGGCAUUGGUUGUUGAUGGAGAGGCUACCGACGACCACACGAAGCAACCUCACAGCCUCCCAUCUGUUCAGAGCGACACGACUGCCUAUGUACUCUUUACAUCAGGCUCAACUGGUAAACCCAAGGGAGCUGUGCUCAGUCAUCGUGCAUUUUCAUCCGCAUCCGCAGCCUUUGCUCCCGCUUUUGGUAUCUCCGAGGCCUCUCGCGUUCUGCAGUUCUCCUCUUACACAUUCGAUGCAUGCCUGAUCGAGAUCUUCAGCACCUUGAUCAUGGGCGGUACCGUCUGUGUGCCUGAUCAGAGCUCAAGGACGAACGAUCUCGCUGGUGUAAUCAACAGGAUGAGGGUCAAUUUGGCUUGUCUCACACCCUCGGUCGUCCGGAUGAUUCAACCUUCCCAGGUGCCUACCGUGAAGACACUAUUGUUGGUCGGGGAGGCCAUGUCUCAGCAGGAUCUGCUUACUUGGGCCGAUCGAGUAAUCUUGUGUAACGGCUAUGGACCUACCGAAUGUAGCGCCAUCGCGACUGUCAAUAUCAUGUCUGCUACCACGAAGCCAAACAACCUCGGUAAGGUUGUCACAGCCAGAGGAUGGGUAGUUUCUCGAGAUGAUAUCCACCAACUUGUUCCUGUCGGAGCAGUAGGUGAGCUGAUAUUGGAAGGAGGGGGAGUUGGCUCUGGCUACCUAAACAAUCCUGAGAAGACCGCCGAUGCCUAUGUUGAACAGGUCAAUUGGUUGAUGGGAGAUGACCUGAAAGUUGGUGCUUCAAGGAAAUUCUACAAGACGGGAGAUCUCGUCAGAUACAACGAGGAUGGUACCUUGCUGUAUCUCGGACGCAAGGACAAUCAGGUAUGUUCCCCACGAGAUGAACGAUAUGAUAUAUCGCUAACAAACCGGUUUAUAGACGAAAGUGAGAGGGCAGAGGCUGGAGUUGACCGAAGUAGAACAUCAUCUCAUUCAGGACCCUGUAGUCCAGAAUGCACUCGCAUCUGUCCCCAAAUCCGGGCCAUGCGCAAAGCGUCUCGUCGGCAUCGUUUCACUGCGAGAUGUGGCGGUAUCUGGCGCUUCGAAGGCAGAGCUGCAAUUACUGCCCAAAGACACCGCUUCCUUCAACAUUGCGACAAUUAG